CUGCGGAGAGCCCACUCAGGAGCAGGGAGAAACUUUUGGUCGGUGAGCUGAUGGACGGUUCUAGGUGAUGUGGAGUUCAAAGUGAUCGUUGGUUGUGUAGCCUAUGGAUUACCGAUAAGUGCAGAAAACAGGAGCGCGUUCUUGCCAUUAAUUAUUUAUAUAUCUGUUCCUGUAAAACGGCGGGGAUGCGAGAGAGACGCCACAGCGGCGAGGAUCGGCCGCUCUGAACCGGAGUCACGGGCAGACGAUGUCCCAGUGUGAGAGCGCUUCCAGGGGGGACGAGGGCGAGGACGAGGGAGGAUGAAGACGGGGGGAGAGGGAUCGAGAGUGGCAGAGGUGGAAUAUAAUGAAGUUGAGUGGGAAAGGACUGUGCACCGUCCUCUCCAGCACCCUCCUCUUCGUGUGCGCCCUCAGCGAAGUUGUCGUUGGAUUAAGAUGCGUCUCUCUGGGAUCUACGGUGAAAGCGCACUUCCACCUCGGCGCCGCGGCCGGGGCUUUCUACUCCGGGAUACUUGUGGGCAUCGGACAGGGGCUGCUGUGCUCCGCGCUGCUGUGCUGCAUGGAGAAGCCCGGCUGCAGGAACCUCUUUCUGCUCGGGGUUGUGGUCUUCUUGCUGGGAGUGCUCACCGCCUUCUCCGGCGCGGUGGUGGACGGGGACGCGGCUUCCCUGGUGGAGAGGAAAUAUUCCCACUACUGCCUCCACACCGUGGUAGUGAACCCUGCCUGCGAGCAGCUGAGGAACUACCAGCGGAGCCUGGUCAUCUCCACGGUGCUCAGCACGCUGGAGUGUCUGCUGGGGCUCAUUCACCUGGUGAUCAUCAAGAGGUACAAGACCGCGCAGUUCUCCAGGAGCAGACCCUCUCAGAGGCAGAGCACCGCGGGCAUCCUGUUCAGCGAGGACCGGGACUGCUCCUCGGCGGAUUUCCAGCCGGUGUCUUACAUCAACCUGGGUGUUUUUAACGUGUUGGACGAGACGGGCGCAGAGGUGCAGUGCGGGGGGCACCCGUCCAUCGAGCUGCCGGGGUACGCGACCACGGACCCGGAGCUUAACCACUGCUUCCCGUUCUCCUACCCGCUCCCCAGCGAACUUCCGCCCGCAUACGAUGACAUUUUCCCCGCUGAGGCAUGCAACACAUAGCCGCCCCGGAGCAGCCCGCAGCAGCGCUUUCCUCUGCUGUGGCAAUCGGUGACUUUCUGCUUCAUCAAUCCCCCUCCUCAUCCGCUGCUCUUACGACCCCCCCACCACUGAAACACAAACUAAACAAACUGAGGAAAACAGUAAGUGACACACAGGAGGACAGCAGCAGCAGCAGCAGCAGUGGAUUUGAUCUGAUAUGUUCUCAGGCUUCAUGUGCCUGGAAGCUUCUCAUGUCCAUCACCUGAUGUAGAGGAGUAAGUGACACAGGCCCAGACAGGGCAGCCAGAUCAAGGCCCAUAGACGCAACAGCUUGCAAAGUAUUAUAACAAAAGCAGAGUUUGUGUUUUGAAUGUUUGCUGUUGACAUUUCUACUUGCGAAUAAAAAGUGCAUUUAUCCUCAUCAUGAAGCUGCUGCCACUUUAGCUCUUGUCGGUUUAGGCUGACGUUCAUUUCCAAGGCUUCAGACAACGUGUCCCUAUCGCUGAGUGUGGCUGGUGCCAGUCAGUGAGUUAUUUACCAAUCCAUGAGUCAGCAUCAUCAAAGUGAUGAUAAGUACCAUGAGUGUCAUUCUCGUUCCAUAAUACUGAAGAGAAAAGUGCUCUGCAUCUCAGACAGUGUGUGGAGCCCAGUGAAAAGGAUACUCCCCUGGUUUAUUAAUUUUUCCAGAAAGUUGGGGCAAUCAGAACCGGCACAUCUUUAUAGAGAGUGGUCCUUAACACAUUUCCCAUGAUGCAAAUUGACGGCACCUCUCAUUAAAAAAGUCCUUUGCCUGGUGGAGGCAGGCUUGCUGUGAUAACUGCGUGGCCCUCAAACCCAGAGAAAACCAAGAUGAGUCACUAUGAGACCAUCACGGUAGAAAACUCUUUCCAGACAUGUAAACUGAACAUGAUGAACUUGUGGGAUCAGACCAUAGAUAACGCUGGAACACUGGAAUCACUCAUAAAGAUAACAAGCAUACUGGGGUUAGGAGGAAGCAGGGGAACAGUCUGAACCCGAACGCACCGUAACUCAUUUGCUUUAUUAAUUUGCGUGACUCGUGACCAGAAUGUCCUGAUAUGACACCGACUACAUGACUCACUGUGUCUGAUCACAAAGAAUCAAACUGUACAGAGCUGCUCCCCUCGUUGUUCAACGCGAUGUGACUCAAAACCAAUCAUGAACUGCACCACUCACCGAUACGUCAGCUCUCAGCACGGAUCAUCAGAACCUAUUCAGCCUCACUCUUACUCAUUUGAACGAACAGACACAACCGUAGCUGCCUGUCAUCGUCAUGCGCACACCUUUACAACAACAUUGUUCUCCGCAAAAUGUCAUCGAAGCGGUCACUUCCCCCCUUCAAACUAAAGUUCUCAAUAAACACUCAAAUGUCUCUCCAGGGGAAUUUUUGACUAAUAAACUUGAAGAAGUACUUUUACAUGGCUCAGUGUAAUAAUCCUCCUCUCAUCCCUCUCAACCCAUGUGACGAUGCUCUACUUAGAGCCAAGUGCAGGAUCACGCCUUUAAAAAAUGCUUUCCUCCUGCUUAGGUUUCCUGCCAGUAAUGUAUUUAUAUAAAUAUAUAUAUGCUAAUGGUGCUAAUGGUGGAGGGCUGAGUGAAAGUCAUCUGCUGAGGCUGUGCACCGGCAGUGUCCGUCCACAGUAAACCAGCUGGAGUGUUCAAAGUGAACAUUUCCAGUGGUAAAGUAGUUGGGUAAAUUUAGCUUCACCUUAAGAGAAGGUGGCUGGGGAGGUUUUCUUCCUCCUAACUUCUCAAAAUACAGGUAAAUGUCAGGUUUUGUUUGGACCAUCGUUCACGGAGCUGGUGCAAUGAUGCAACACUGAUUCCAUUCGAUGUUUCUGUUAUGCACGGAGUUCUGACAUUCAAUAAAUGAAGUCACAAUACGAGGGUGAAAAAGUGGAGGUAAAUGGUUAUCAGUGUGUUUUGUUUGACUGCUUUGGAGGAAGAUCUUACGUGACUGAACGUGAUAUUUAAGACACAGAAAUGUAGAUAAUGAAAUAA